UUCCCACCUCCAUAUACCCCGGAUCUAGCCUCGUCUUUCUUGGUACAGCUCGUAUAGGUAAGGUAGGUACUCCAUAGAGAAGAUUGAAACAUUGCAAUCUACUCUCGAUGAAACCCAUUCUCCUUAUACAGCAGGUAACGGACGAUAUUCCAAGCUAUUAUUGUUUUGUACCGUAUUUAGAAAAUUGUCUUUGUAGAAGGCUGAGUACGUGGAGCCUUAUGUGUAAGAUAUAAUUUGGCGUUAUCUGUCAUAUUAAGCUCAUUACCCCCUUUGCACUUUCCGUUCUUGUUACAUUUACACACUUUCACUCGUUCAAUCUUCAUUGAGUGUCACAAUUGAAGUACCUCAGAAGGAAAGCAAAUAGGGAAGUAGUAUGUGAGACCUUUCCAAUUCCAAAUUGCUCAGUAAGUUCAUUGAAAUUCCUCAUCCCUUUCCUCAUCAAAAGCAAUUCCACAUACAUAUCCGUAGGAAAUACGUACUCAUGUUUGUACUUUGUCAAAUGGUAUACGACACGAAUUUCUUAUUUCGUAUUCAAAUCCGCAUGCGCAUGUGCAUAUAAUCGAAAUGGCCAUGGCAAUAAAUAUUGAUGAUGACGCGGCAGAUUCGAAUUCGACCUUCGACAAGAGAGAAUUAGGAGAGAGGCAGAAGCGCAAUUACUUCAAGAGAGGGGAUACGACUAUCAAUUUUGACGAGCGACAACAACAAGCUGAGGAAUUUGAAUUCGACGAAAGACAAGGACGCUCGAGAAACAGGGUUCGUAGUCGCGUGGUAGAAGGUCUGGGCGAGAGUAGUGAAGGGGUUCUUAGAGGAGGGGAUCUUGAUUUUGAGGGAUACUUCGAAAGUAAAGCAGAUAUGGCUUCAUGGAGUGGGCAACCGGCUAUAAAGGGGAGUACGGAGCAGAUGCGAAUGGCAUUGUUGACUUUUUCUUUGGUUGGAUUGCAAUUUACUUGGGGUAUUGAAAUGACCUAUUGUACACCAUAUUUACUUUCGCUCGGUCUCACGAAAUCGAAAACCUCUUUAGUAUGGAUUGCGGGACCUUUAUCUGGGUUGAUUAUGGCACCGCUUGUGGGGGCAAUGGCAGAUCGUUCGCGUUCAAAAUGGGGUAGAAGAAGGCCAUAUAUGGUGGGGGCUUCUAUACUUGUCGCAUUAUGCUUGUUAGUACUGGGAUGGACAAAGGAAAUCGUAUCUCAUUUUGUGGAAGAAGGGGAUUUUAAUAAGAGCUGUACAAUAUUUUUGGCAGUGUUGGCAAUUUAUGCGGUGGAUUUCGCCAUCAAUGCUGUUCAAUGGAGUUGUCGAAGUCUGAUCGUGGAUACUCUUCCGAUACAAAAGCAACAAGCAGGAUCAGCAUGGGCUAGCAGAAUGGCCGCUAUGGGGCACUUGGUCGGUUAUGCUAUUGGUACCGUUGAUCUUGUCGCUUGGUUUGGUCCCUCAAUGGGUGACACACAAUUCAAGAAGCUUAUUCUAAUUGCGGCGUUCGCGCUCAUAUUUUGUGUGUGUGUUACUUCGUGGGCAGUAACGGAACGUGUUUUGAUAUCUAGCAAAGACUCUGACUCCCAAUCUGGAUUGCUCAAAAUUACACGACAAAUAUAUAGAACAACAAUGACAGUUCCUCCAAAGAUUCAAGCCAUUCUGUGGUGUCAAUUUUGGAGUUGGAUUGGAUGGUUCCCAUUCCUAUUCUAUGGUACUACAUUUGUUGGAGAAACUUACUUCAGGUAUGAUGCUCCGCACGAGAUCAAAGAAUCUAAAGAUGCACUUGGAGAUAUCGGAAGAAUCGGAAGCAUGUCCCUCGUUGUGUUCUCAUUCGUGUCAUCUUUUGGAUCAUUCCUUUUACCUCUACUGAUCAAGUCACCCGAUGAGGACAAAUUCACUCAGCGACCUCCAGCAAGUAUUGCUCGAUUUGUUCAAGCAUACAACAAAUACAAGCCAGAUCUUCUUGGAGCUUGGUUUGUUGGUCAUUUGAUGUUCUCAUCAGCUAUGUUCUUAGCACCAUUUGCAUCUUCAUUUCGAUUUGCAACUUCGUUGAUUGCAUUCUGUGGAUUGCCAUGGUCUGUCGCAUCUUGGGCACCGUAUGCAUUCCUUGGUGUCGAGGUAAACAAGAUGAGCGGUCUCCCAUCUUAUAGCCGCCUUUCCACCGCCGACCGUGAUAUUGAGCUUGAGUCACCCACUGGUCCUCCAUCACCCUCCCUACUACGCCUCGAACAUGGCCCAGUUGGAGAAAAGGAAGACGUUGCGUCUACUGGUGAACUUUCUGGAAUCUACUUCGGUAUCCUUAACAUCUACACUACCAUCCCACAAUUCAUUGGAACUUUUAUCAGUAUGAUUGUUUUCAGUAUAUUAGAGCCAGGUAAAAGUCCAGAGUUGGCUCAAAAUGCAAAGGAAGGGGAACAUCAUGGGACAGACGGUCCAAAUGCUAUUAGUAUUUGUUUGUUCAUUGGUGCAAUUAGUACUCUUGGGGCUGCUUAUGCAACUAAAAAGUUGAGAGAUUUGCAGUAGGAGGGUUGGUAGUAUUCACGAGCCUGUAAUUGUAAGAUAAUAGCGGGAUUCAUUUGGAUGGGGAUUGAUAUUCAAAUUUGUGGGUAGCAUUGCAUGGCGUUUUGGGUGAAGAGUACUUGUUUGAGGUAGCUCGAAGUUUGUUGUUGUCUUUUUGGCAAGGUGUUGGGAAUAGAUUGGGGUGGAUGGAUGGAUACUGGAAUAGAUGACAUGAAAUAUGUCUAUUUCUUUUGUGGUUUGCUGAAAUGCUCUAGAUAGAUAGGUGGAUGGAAUUAUAUGCAUCAUCACUGCUUCUUGUUCGUGUAUUAUUGAUUAAAGGGGUGAAUAGGUGUAUAUUAAUCGUUCGAUUGGGAACUGCGUGUUAAGCAUAAUUUGAGGAGGGGUUUCAAUAAAAUAAUGGAGUUAUUGAAUCAUA